CCUCGUAACUUCCAACCCCAAACCCAUAAACCAUUCUCCUGAUGAUGAUCAGGUUCAAGAUGAACUUCAUAGAUGGCCUACUCCUAACGAGGUAAUUAAUGAAAGAGAAAGAGAAAGAGAAAAAGAAAAUAUUAAAAAAAAUCCAACCAGCUUUAUAUCAUUUUUUUGUGAUUGAAAAUUAAAUGAAGUUGCAAGUUACUAUCUGCAUAGUCACAUCACAUGAUGAAAAACAAAUCAUGCCAGUUUAUGAUCAGCAUGCCUUUGAUAAUAACCAUUUGUCUUUUUCUUUUGUUUUGUUUUGCUGCAUUCAGUUCUUAGCAGAAAUGAAGGCCAUAGGGAAGAUAUCAGGGCCAACAGCCAUCACGGGUUUACUCUUAUAUUCUAGAGCCAUGAUCUCCAUGCUUUUCCUUGGCUACCUCGGUGAGAUGGAACUAGCAGGUGGCUCUCUCUCCAUCGGUUUUGCCAACAUCACCGGUUACUCUGUGAUCUCUGGAUUAGCCAUGGGAAUGGAACCCAUUUGUGGACAAGCCUAUGGAGCAAAACAAUGGAAGAUACUAGGCUUGACCCUCCAAAGAACCGUCCUUCUCCUCCUCUGCACGUCCAUUCCCAUCUCAUUUCUAUGGCUCAACAUGAAGAGUAUCCUCUUGUGGUGUGGCCAAGACCAAGAGAUAUCAUCAGUGGCACAAACUUUCAUUCUCUUCUCCAUCCCUGACCUCUUCUUCCUCUCACUCCUCCACCCUCUACGCAUCUACCUAAGGACUCAAACAAUCACAUUGCCACUCACAUAUUGCUCAGCCAUAUCUGUUCUCCUCCAUGUGCCUCUCAAUUUCCUCCUAGUCGUUCACUUCAAAAUGGGCAUAGCAGGGGUAGCCACAGCAAUGGUUUGGACCAACCUCAACCUCUUCCUCUUCCUCUUUUCCUUUGUUUAUUUCUCGGGUGUGUACAAGGACUCGUGGGUUUCUCCGAGCAUGGACUGUUUAAAGGGUUGGUCUUCUUUACUUGCACUUGCGGUUCCAACCUGUGUUUCGGUUUGUCUAGAGUGGUGGUGGUACGAGCUCAUGAUAAUUCUGUGUGGACUUUUGGUCAACCCGAAAGCGACCAUUGCUUCAAUGGGAAUCCUUAUCCAAACAACAUCUUUGGUCUAUGUGUUCCCAUCAUCUCUCAGCCUCGGUGUGUCCACGAGAGUGGGAAAUGAGUUAGGUGCAAACAACCCCUCCAAAGCUCGCAUUUCCAUGAUAGUGUCACUCUUUUGUGCUGUCGCUUUAGGCAUCUCAGCCAUGCUUUUCACCACCUUAAUGAGGCACCAAUGGGGCAGGUUCUUCACCACUGGCCAAGAGAUUCUUAACCUCACUGCCAUAGCUUUGCCAAUUGUUGGCCUUUGUGAGCUCGGAAACUGCCCUCAAACCACUGGUUGUGGAGUUCUUAGGGGCAGUGCUAGACCCACCAUUGGUGCAAAUAUCAACUUGGGCUCCUUUUAUUUGGUGGGUAUGCCCGUCGCUGUUCUUCUUGGAUUUGUCGCCAAAUUGGGGUUUGCCGGGCUUUGGCUUGGGUUGCUUGCAGCCCAAGCCUCUUGUGCUUCUCUCAUGUUAUUUGUUCUCUCAACCACUGAUUGGAAUGCUCAGGUACAAAGAGCAAAGGAACUCACUAAAACUUCUAUUACUAGUGCUAGUGCUGCUUCUACCAUGUUACCCACAUUCACUCAAACAGAAUGCAACAACAAUCAUCAUCAUGCUUGUCUUCAGGAGAUUGUAGUCACGGAUGAGGAGCUUACCAAGACAACCUCCCUUGAAACCGACCCUCUCAUCGUACCCACCGCCAAACACAAUAUAAAUUAAUUAACCAAUUAAUUAAGUUCCUAUUCCUUGGGGAGAAUCCAAAUGAGAUUGGCUUGUACUGUAGGAAAUACAAGAUUUUCCCCCUAGUUUUCCCACAAUGAUUAUCUUUUUUUUAACUUUUUCUAGGUAGUUGCGUUAGUAAUAAGAACUCCGUUAAACUCGGUUUUUAUGUAAAGCGUUAAGAGGAUAUCCAUUGUUAUAUUUUAGUACAUUAAGAUUACAGUAUAUUUUUAAAUUAUAAUCUUCAUGGACAAGUUUACGUGUUAAUUAAUUACUACAGAUGGGAGAAAAAAUAAAAUAAAGAAAGAAUGCGUCUUUUAUUGCUUUUCCUGAGGACCAUUCAGCUGUCGCUUGUUUUUGAAGGAAAACAAAAGCGGUUUCUGCCUAACUUUCGCGUUGUUCCCUUCCCCAAAGGGCAAAACUCUUGACUGUCUAAAAAUGGAAAAUAAGACCCUCAAAACUGAGCCUAACCCAUAUAUAUAAACUCACUUCCAUUUCAUUUCAUUUCUUAGUGUCAUAUUCUUCUUCCUCUUUUUAACAAUAAUUUAUUUUAAAACAAAUGAAAUGAAGGGGAAAAAAUCUCCUUUACUAAACGCUCCCAAUCAUAGUGUGAUAAUGAUAGUUAUAAACUAUGGUUGCCCAUGACUUGAUUAUUUACAUAUAACCCUAAAGUUGGUGGAUCUAACUCUAAUUGCACAUUCCCUUAAUCAUUGUCGUACAAUUCCGUAAUGUGCGUAUGAUACAAUGAAAAUUGGUCCCAUGACAGUGUAUGUAUUAUUUAACUUUCCAAUUUUUUCUCAACCCUCCACUGUACAUGAUUGAAUGACGCAUGUCUGUAUGCGAGAAACAUUACAUUUAGGAAAUUAUAUGUUUUUGUAAUGUUUUUCAUCUCACGAUGCACAUAUGGCAGAAUGAUUAGUGGUGGACGAGUUGUGACAGUAGCAAUGAAAAACGGGUAGAAAGAUAUGCUUCUUAAUGCCCUUUUCCAUAGUGUCUGUACGACAAAUAAAGGAAGGACGAGCAAGGAAACAAACAUACACACAGACCAUGACGCCAAAAGACAAUAAAUAAAUAAAUAACUAAAUAAAACUGAAGAUAUUAAUUUCAAUCAUGUGUCAAAAUAUUCAUAGAAUAUGCAUUUUCAACGGUUUAAGCUUUUAAACAACGUUUAGAGUAACUUAUUUAAAGAGUUUCUAAUGUUAUAUAUAC